AACUCGAACUAUUAAAAUUAUUUUAAGCUUUUAUUCGAGACAAAAGUUUUUCUGGUGUCCGAAUGAUACUUAAGGGUUGUUCAUUAUAUUCGGGAAUUUAAUGAAAAAUCUAGCUGGAUUUAUACUUUUGGGUUGGGGAUUUUUCUAAUAUUUUAAAACUAGCAUAUGUCCACGACUUUGUCUACAUGAAAUUUAUUUUUAAAUUUAUAUUCUCUCCUAAUUAAUUUCUAUUCAAAAUUUUAUACACUCUUUCACAUCCCAUUAGGUGAUUAGGGCAUGAUUCCCAGUAUAAGUGUUCCUAACUUAUGAUCUAUGUCUGUAUAUUCUAAAAUAAUAAGCUAAACAAAACAUGUCUUCUUUACGCUGAUGACCUGGUAUUGCUGGCGUCAUCGGGUGAAGAAUUGCAGGAGAUGGUAACUAGAAUGCAUAGAUCUUAUGAAAGGAAAGGAAUGAAAAUAAAUGUGAGCAAGACGAAAGUAAUGGUAUUUGAAAAGGGAGAAAGUAUGACAAACUGUGAAGUUUUGAUUGGUCAAGAAAGAGUUGAACAAGUGAGAGUUUGUGUAUCUGGGAACCAUGUUCACUAGGGACGGUAAACAUGAUGAAGACAUUGAAAGGAGAGUGAAUGCUGGAAAUCGUGUGAAUGGGGGACUCAACGCUUUUAUGAGCAGCCAGGUGUCGCAAAAAGCACGGUUGGCUGUGCAUAGAGGGGUGUUGGUGCCUACACUUAUGUAUGGUAGCGAAAGUUGGGUAUGGCAGAAGAAACAUCAGAGUCAAGUAAAUGCAGUGGAAAUGAGAGCGUUGAGAAGUGUGUGUGGUGUAAAAUUACAAGAUAGAAUUAGGAACAGUGUGAUAAGGGAAAAGUUUGGACUGAACGAAGAUGUAGUGACAAAAAUUGAGAAAGGUAUGUUGAGAUGGUUUGGACACGUGGAAAGAAUGAGUGAAAGAAGGUUAACAAAGAGAUUGUAUAAGGGAGAAGUAGAAGAGGGAGUCGGAAAGGGCUAGACCUCGGCGGACUUUCUCUGAUCAAAUCGGGGAAAUCCUGAAGAAAGGCCAGGUCAAGAGCACCCUAAAUCGACGAGCGUGUAUGAGGAAUGUCAUGAAAGUGAAGGAAGCGAAAGAGGCGUGAUUAUAUGUAUGUUUCUCAACCGAUUCUAGUGAAUUUUUUUGAGCAGGUGAUUAAUGAUUUUAUAUAUGUUUACAAGAUUUUAUUUAACUUGUUUUGUUGUCAAUUCAGUUUUUAUUAUUUUCAAAAUGUCUAAAGUUCACAAAGCCACUAGUGUAAUUCCUUCGUUUUAUUUCUUUUCAGGCUUCGGCAAAUACAACUUGCUUAUGGGCGUAGUAUGUGGCUUCAUGAUCAUCGCCAUGGCCUUCGAGAGCCUAUCGGUUAGCUAUUUGGUACCAGCUAGUGCUUGUGAACUGGAGACCACUACACUACAUCAGGGGUUCAUGGCUGCUGUGCCCGUCAUAGGUAAUGUUCAUGACCGAAUUAUGUUCGACCUGCAGUGAAUGUGGUCAUAUUUUCACUGCUAAAAUUGACUAUGUCAUAAUGUCAGUCACCUGAGAGUGCACCAAUGACACUUCAGCCGUAGAACGCAGUCGCUGUGACCGAAAACGGUAUCCUGGCCACGUCGCACGUUUGGGGCUACUUAGCAGACAUGCGCGGACGUCGCAAAAUACUUCAGUUAUCACUUGUGCUCGGGUUCGUCACGGGUGCGCUUGCUGCUUUCUCGCCGCACUGGAUUGUCUUCUGCGUUCUUAAGUUCCUGUCAUGCACUUCGGUAUCAGGGACAUUCGCGCUCGCCUUCACGCUACUGGGAGAGACUACUCCUCGCACAAAACGUAAUAUGGUGAUCUUAAUGACCAGCAGCAUCUAUCUCGUUUCUACUGGAGUCAUGGCAGUGUUGACCAUCCCGGUGCUUCCUCUCACAUUCUCCUACUACGUCCCAUACCUUGGUAUCUAUUUCAACUCCUGGAGACUCCUGAACAUCAUCUACAGCUUGCCAUGCGCAAUAGCUGCAGCAGUUGCAGCCCGUGUUGAUGAGAGCCCCAAGUACCUCCUCACUAUGGGCUUAGCGGAAGAAGCUUUGAAUGUCAUCAAGGGCAUAUAUGUCGUAAAUACUGGGAAAGACCUGGAGGACUUUCAGGUGAAAUCGAUUAUUUUGAACGAGGGUGCCACAUCUCAAGCACAAUACAAGUCUCUUUGGGCAUCAGUGAAAGCACAGACAUUGCCUCUAGUAAAGCCACCAUUAGUGCGAAAUACGAUUCUGCUUUCCAUCAUGUUUGCAUUGAUCUAUUUCUGCAUACACCCUUACGUCGUGUGGUUGCCCUUCAUUGCUGACGGCUUCAUGAAAUCAAUUGAAAAAGGGGAGACUGAUCUCACCAUCUGCCAAAUGCUUCGAUCAGCGCACGUUUCUCAAAAUCAAACCUUAGAAUCUUUAGAUGUAAUCGAAGAGGUGAAAGACUGUUCCCUAAAUCACUUUGCCAUGAUGAUUGUCCUCAUCAAUGGAUGUGUUCUUGGGAUAAUGAAUUUAGUCAUGAGUGGACUAAUUAAUGUAGUCGGGAGAAAGCGGCUGCUUAUUGCUGUCCAGAUAAUAACCGGAACAGCAGGCAUAUGCAUUAACUUCAGUAGUUCCUGGGCCGUCACAGCCGUCAUUUUUAUGGCUUUUAUCGCCAAUUGCCUCAACUUUGCAGUCCUCACUACUUUUAGCGUCAACAUCUUCCCGACAUAUCUCAAAGCAAUGGCGGUUUGUUUGACACUGAUGGUGGGGCGAACCUGCGCUUUCUUCGGCAUCAACAUACUCAAGCAGUUGCUGAUCAGCGACUGUGAACUCUCCUUUUAUAUCUUCGGAGGAUUGACUAUUGCGGGCGGUAUAUUGGGAUUUCUUUUGCCAGCCGACGAACCCAAACACAAGCCAAGAGAAAAUAAAGCUCCAGAAACUUGAAAGGACUGUCAUUAUAAUUAUAAACUAUCCAUGUUGCAAGAGUGCAUGAAUUAAGAGCCAAAUAUUUUGGUAGAAUCAUCUUUAAGUGACCGUUCUCUCGGGGUCUAUAAAUAAAGCAAAGUCCUAGUGCUGAACACUGUUCCUAUGGUUGAUUUGAUACUUUCAAUCUUAAUUCCACGUAAUAGAGGCGAAAACUGAGCCAUCAAGUGUGAACCAUUGCAUUUAGGCAGCUAAAUACUAGUAUGUUUACCUUAUUCUUAUCAGACUUGGAAACUUGGUGGAAACCUUGGUUUUUUAUUGCGUGGAAUUCUGACGUUUCCUAGUGAUACCAAGCAAUAAAAUAUUCCUUAAAUUUGUAGUGAGAAUUACAAGCCAAAAUAAAAUAUUGGCAAUACAUUUUGACAUGAUUAUUUUUACUUACAACCAUCAUUAUACUUUAUUCGUGAAAACAAAGAUAGUGUAAUUUUAAAGUGAACUAUUUGGGCAUGAGAAAAUAUUAGGUAUUUCCCUGGGGUGAAAAAUAAUUGUUACUGUUAUUAUUCUAAUGACUUUCCAUAUAUCAUAAACCUUUGGUCUAAAAUUAUAUUUUUUAUAUUUUGUUUUUUACUAUAUCGUCUCGUUUUAAACAAAAAGGCACGAAAGGUCGGGUCGCUGUGUUCCACUCCACCCUAUGGCCGUUGCUCGCCGCUGCUGCCGCCGCAAUGAAGCCAUGAGAGUGUUCUCCUUACAUCUACCCUUCAUUUCAAACAAAUAGCAAAUUCUUUACUUUAUGACACAUGUCAUUCGGCUUUCAACAGUUUGAACGUGCGAAUGUGUUUGCUCUCCUUUGUCCGUGUUAUUUUUGUUAUUUCAUUGUUAUAUUUGUAAAAUAAGAGUUUAUGCAAUAAAUAUUAACUUCAUACAAAAAUAAUUGACAAUAAUAUGUAUAAGUAGUAAGAUGCUGCUGUCAGAAUUCCACGCAAUAAAAAACCAAGGUUUAGUUGCUUUUGAGAGACAGAUUUUGUAACUUUAUUUUAUGGCAUUAUUUAAAGCGAUUAUGUUGUCAGCAAAAUUGCUCGAUAAGAUUGUAAUGACUGUGUUUUUAUUUAAUCUCUGAUUUCGAUUCUGAAAAUUUAAAUUUAUGAUGUGAAAAUGUAUAGUAAGGUACAGUCAGCUGCAAAAAUAUGUAUCGAGAGAAUCGUCUCAUAAAUAUGGUACUACGCUCUUAUUACACUGGAAUAAGAUGCUAUGGGACAUAUUUUUGAGUGAGAUGUGUACACCCAUAUUUUUACACUCGACUGUACAUAGAUUUUUUUCUGGCAUUAAUAAAUUUAUAUUUUCUUUUA